GUGUAUUGUGUCAGGCAGUGUGUGUGUUGUCACUCGGCUGUGUGUAUUGUGUAUACUACUACUGCUUACGUGUAACCGGCGUCCCUUUCCUUCAGAGCUGCUGAGGUUCUAGUUUAUGGCAUCUCAUAAAUCCUUCAACAUAAAGAGGACCCCAUGUCUUUUCUUCGUUGGGUUUCAGACAGGAUCCUGGUUGAUGGUUUGAGGGAGUUGGAGUUUUUUGGAGACUCUCAUUUAGGGGACUCUCGAAGGAAAACGGAUGAAGCAGCCAGUGUUGAGUCUAUAGCCUCCUGCCGCGGUCCGGACACCAUGGGGGUAUACACACCGGACAGUAACUGCUAUGAUUUGCUUACUAUCAUAGGAAAAGGAUUUGAAGACCUGAUGACAGUCAAUUUAGCCCGUUAUAAACCAUCUGGAGAGUAUGUAUGUGUCAGAAGGAUUAACAUGGAGUCCUGCACCAAUGACAUGGUUGCUUUCCUGCAGACUGAACUCCAUGUAUCCAAGCUGUUCAAUCACCCCAACAUCCUCCCUUACAGAGCAACGUUCAUUGCUGACAAUGAGCUGUGGGUGGUCACCCCAUUUAUGGCUUAUGGAUCAGCCAAAGACCUGAUCUGCACACACUUCACAGAUGGCAUGAGUGAGCUGGCCAUUGCUUACAUCCUGCUGGGAUUGCUGAAAGCCCUGGAUUAUAUUCAUCACAUGGGAUAUGUGCACAGGAGCGUAAAGGCCAGUCACAUCCUGAUCUCUGUGGACGGUAAAGUUUUUCUGUCUGGUCUGCGCAGCAUCCUUAGUAUGAUAAACCAUGGGCAACGUGUUAAAGUAGUCCAUGAUUUCCCCAAACACAGCUCCGGAGUCCUCCCAUGGCUUAGCCCAGAGGUCUUGCAGCAGAACCUACAGGGAUAUGAUGCCAAGUCUGACAUCUACAGUGUGGGGAUCACAGCAUGUGAAUUGGCUAAUGGUCAUGUGCCAUUCAAAGACAUGCCAGCAACACAGAUGCUCCUGGAAAAGCUAAAUGGCACAGUACCCUGCUUGCUUGACACAGCUACUAUUCCCGCCUCUGAACUCACUAUGAUGACCUCUCGCUCAGGAGCUGACUCUGGCAUUGGUGAGGGGACCUCCUGUCGCCCGUCCAAUGGGGAACCAAGCAUGCACCCAUACAAUCGCAGCUUCUCUCCUCAUUUCCACAACUUAGUGGAGUUGUGUCUGCAGAGGAACCCUGAACUCAGGCCGAAUGCUGGCACGCUGCUCAAUCAUUCCUUCUUCAAACAGAUAAAGCGCAGAGCGUCCGAAGCCCUUCCUGAGUUACUCCGUCCUGUGUCGCCCAUCACCAACUUUGAGGGAGCAAGGAGUUCAGCGCCUCGGGGCGUGAUGGAAUUGGCAUCUGAUCUGGAGCACUUAGAGGUGGACGAUUGGGACUUUUAAGGCAAACAAAAGAGGGACUAAGUGGGGGGAUGGGAAGGAUGUAAAUCCUGAUAAUGUUUACACAGCAUGGACCUCAUUGGGGUCUCACUUAUUGUAGGUGCAUGGGAAAAACCUACCACCAAAAAGAAAGUGUAGACGCUGACACUGGUGUUAGCGAUGUUCUCCUCUCACUUUGUGUUUCUUUUCAUGGAAACCAGCACAAUAUGCUGAAAACCUGUGCUAUCAAUGCUUAGUUAACCUGGUCAGCACUGUAUGGAUCUAACACAUCACUGUAUAGUUACCCGUCAGGGUCCAGCCACUCUUUUUUUCUAGAACAGUAAUGACCUGGACUUUGGGGGCAGGCAGCCCUGAUUUCGCUCAGGUAGGACACCUGAGAAGCCUCUUCAUUGUUGGUAAGCUUCUGUGAUGUUUUGAUAAAUCCUGUUUACCCCCGCCCAAUUUUGUGAUAUAUAAACUUUCAGUCUUAUUAUAGCACCUCAAAGACUGGGGCAGUAAUACCAGUGUGUGGUUUUUAAGGUGAUAUGCAUGUGAUUUUUUUUAAAAUAAACUUUUAUAGCUCACCCACAAAACAAUCAGUUGGUUGACAUUGCACCCUGGAAUUGGACUCUGGCAGAAGAAAACAUUAAAGCAGUGUUUCCCAACCAGGGUGCCU